UCUCCGUAGUUGCAUCACCGUAUGGAAAUAUUCGGUGUGGCAAAAUGGCUGCCGAUCCAAACAAGACAGAAAUACUAACUAUUUUCAAACGACUGAGAUCAAUUCCUACUAACAAGGUGUGUUUUGACUGCUCUGCAAAAAACCCGAGUUGGGCGAGCAUUCCAUAUGGUGUCUUCUUGUGUAUUGACUGCUCUGGAAGCCACCGCUCCCUUGGGGUACACCUCAGCUUUAUCAGAUCCACAGAGUUAGAUUCCAACUGGAACUGGUUUCAACUUAGAUGCAUGCAGGUUGGAGGCAAUGCCAAUGCAACUGGAUUUUUCCGCCAGCACGGGUGUUCCACAAACGACACCAAUGCCAAGUAUAACAGCCGUGCAGCGCAAAUGUACAGGGAGAAGAUUCGACAGCAAGCGAAUGCUGCACUGUCAAAAUAUGGGACAGAUCUAUGCAUCGACUCUUCGGUGGGAGGCACUGCAGCAGCUCCUGAAAAGAAAGAGCCAGACUUUUUCGCAGAACACACGCAGUCUGCGAAUGACUGGAGCAUGACGCCUACGUUGGAGCCGGAGCAAAAUGGAUCCACUGUAGCCGUGCAGCCGAGGGACACCGUGGUCAAAAGCCAAGAUGACAACCAGCCUGAGGAAGGACCGAGCAUCGACGGUUUGAGCACAUCACCCAAAGCCAUGAUGGAGGUGAAGCCAUCCAUUAUUGGAAAGAAGAAGCCAAUGGCGGCCAAAAAAGGGCUUGGGGCAAAGAAAGGCCUGGGUGCCCAGAAGGUGAGCAGCAAGAGUUUUUCAGAGGUGGAGAAACAAGCCCAAGUGGCCGAGAAACUCCGAGAGGAGCAGGCAGCCGAGGCCAAAAAGCAAGCAGAGGAGUCUAUUGUGGCUUCCAUGCGUUUGGCCUACAAAGAGCUGGAGAUUGAUAGGAAGCUGGAGGAAAAGAAGCUCAAAAACUUGGAGGGAAAGAAGAGGGAGCAGGCCGAGAGGCUGGGCAUGGGCUUCGGGAACAGGAGUGCUGUAUCACAUUCAGUGAUGUCUGAGAUGCAGGUGAUUGAGCAGGAAACCCCAGUGGGAGCCAAGACCUCGUCUCGUUCCAAACUGGAUAUGUUUGAUGAGUCCGGUUUCACCUCUGGACCUCCGAAAUACAAGGACAACCCAUUCACAGUGGGGGACAGUUUUGGAUCCCGGUGGGAUACGGAUGGAGGGACCGCCUCUUUUAGCACCGCCUGGGCUCUGGAGAAAGAGGAACCCAAAGAGGAAGUCACCAUCUCCAGUAUUCAGCCAAUAGGAGAGAGACUUCCUAGUAGAAGGAAAGCUGAGGUGUCCUCCCCAGUGUCAGAGUCGAGUGAGGCCAGGCAGAAGUUUGCCAACGCCAAGGCCAUUUCUUCAGAUAUGUUCUUUGGCCGUGAAAGCAACGCAGAGUAUGAAGCAAAGACUCGACUGGAAGGCAUGUCGGGAAGCACGUCCAUCAGUUCAGCUGAUCUGUUUGGCGAUGGCAGUGAUCAUAAAGCACGCUCAGCAGGCUUUGACAGCGUCCUACCCACUGGUCCAGACAUCACCCAGUUCAAACAAGGAGUAAAGACUGUAGCAGGCAAAAUGGCCGUCCUUGCCAAUGGUGUCAUGAAUACUAUCCAGGAUCGCUACGGCUCCUACUGAGCAGCCUCGAGAGACAAGCACCUGCGGCCGGACGAACGAGUGACGCAUCAGAGGACCGGCCCUUUUCGAUAGGUGCAUCGGGCGGGAGUUGAAGAGAGAUAGGAAGCAGAAAGCUUUGCAUGAAGAUGGAAAAUCUUCCUUCUCGAUCUCCCGCCUUCUGUCGUUAGUCAGUAUUUGCGCUCUCAACAUCCGAGGUUUUAUUUUCAUAAAGCAAACCGUGUGGUUUUAGUGUAUCUAAAGCAAGAGUUGUACCUCAAGAUGAUUUUUUUUUUUUGGUCUUAGAUUUUCAAACUUUUGUCAAGAGUUAAUUCUAUAUUUUUUUCCCAAUUCUGAUCUCACUGCUAUGUAUUACUUCAAUGUUUUUUUUUUUGUUAUUGUUAUACUAAAUAAAAAUGGGCAGUGGUAUAUUUUUAGCAUCACAUUGAACUGUUCGGGUCCCAAGUCUUGUCAUUUUACACAGAACUGAAUGCUGACCAUCUCCAAAUUGAGUGAGCUUGGACUUGUACAUUUCUGUCUGAACAUUAAAAGUCUCAUAUCUUCAA